AUGAGCAUGCCUUCCCACGGAGACCUUCUCAUCGAUCUAACCACCCCUAAGCCUAUCCCCCCCAAAGUUUACUACCAGCCGACGACAGCCACUCUGCUCAACUCGCCGGUCCAAGUUUACUCUCCCAUUGCUAUUUCCAAUAAACAAGAAUCUCUCCAUCCAGACUUUACUCCAACUAUCUCAAAAGCCAUUGCAAUGUCCUUUGCACGAUCUCAAAGCUUCAUUGUGAGCACUCCUUCCCAGCACCACUCAGCUCUCGCUGCUGCCGCCGAAAAGCGCGGUCAAACUACCUCACGCAAGAACCGGUUUUCAUCUAGUGAGUACCCUCCAGACCUGGUUCUUGUUUCCAAGGAAAACCAUUCGCCAAUUAAUGGCAGAAAAUUAUCAUUCACUCCAGUUCCAAGCCCCGUCAAGAGCAAGGCUCCCUCUCCUGGAACAAACUCUACCAUGGCAUCACCAACAGCACCUGGCAGUGUCAAGCGGGUUGUGCUGAGUCGCAAACCCGAUCUGGCAGCCUUGGCUCCGGCCGUGACUCUGGAAGGCCACAGUGCCACUUCUGAGAGCUCAUUCCCAUUUACUCCUAGCAUUAACGGCAGCAUUUCAAAGCCGGAAACAAUUACAAAUAACGCAUUUUCAGUCCCUACUCCACAAGUCUCACGAUCAACAAGCAUUACUCAAGACGCUGAAAUUCCAUCCCCUCAAAAUCAUGAUAUAGAACCCAAGUCUCCCGUUCGCAAGGAGAUGAAGGAUGCUGCAUGUGGCCCAGGGUCUAAGAAACGAAGCCCUACUACCCCACUUACCCCCUAUAGAUACCGUUCGCGGAUUGAUGAGGCCACAUCGCCGUUGGCUAAAACAUCACCCAUGUCGGGCUCGCGAUGUAUGUUUACCAAGCGCCGAAGCCUGAGCCCACAAACACAUCCUCAUUCAUCACCAGGAUUCAACCAACUGUUUUUGGAUGCCCCUAUCUCUAAGAUUGAGACCCCAGCACGACGGUUUCGAAAUGACUUUGCAAAGGCCAAGGCUGAUGUCGAAAACAAGCCUGAUCUUCAGUAUAUUGCGUAUGAGCCUGCUGCGACGUCUGACGAAGAUGUUGAUAUGGAUGCCCGUGUAUUUGAUGAGACUGUGUCAAUUAAGCAUAUCGAAGUUGAUAAAGAUUCUGCUGUUGAAAGCCAGCCAGAGAUGGUGCUACCUUCAUGCAGCAUGUCAGUCACAGCAGACUUUAGCGAGUUUAAGAAUGAAGAGAAUUUGAACGCCAAUGUACUGCCAGAGCUGCUGCCUUUAGAAGAAAAGAAGGAUCAAGAAGAGCAACAACACAAGGUUCGUUCUGUCAAGCGUACCCAUUUUUUCGAUGAGGUUGAUAAUACGUCAAGCUCGUCACAGAAAAAAGAUGGGAUUUUGCCGGCACCCAUUUUGGCCAACCGAGCAGCAUUUACUUCAUCUCCAAGCAAAGGCAACAGUAAUGCACGCAAGUCGUUUGGCACUACAAGCGAAGAGGACUUUGAAGACGAUGACAAUCGACGACCAGAUGAAAAUAGCGCAGUGGCCACACCAGCAAAUGUCCGCAUUAGUCUCAAUGACUCAGUUUCUCAUCCCGCUCUGAGUAGCGGAGGUAUGAGCAGCGGAUGCAACAAUAGCUCUAAGAAGAUGUGGCGACGUGACUCGUUUACUGCAUACUCUGAGGGAGGCAUUUCGUUCCCCAACGUUGUUGUGGAUGAUGAAGAUAACUUCGACUCAGAUCCACUGAGCGCUGGAAUGCGUGCAGUGCAAGCAGCUGCUGCUGCUGCUGAGGCUGCAGCGGAAGCCAAUGAAGAUAACAAUGGUCGAUCAUCGCGACACCAACGAGUAGAUGCGGAAGAGAGUGAUGACGAGACUAACAUGUCGAUGGUGUUUUUCAAGGUGAAGCAGCAACAGCAGAAGCAGGAGCUUGAGAAGCAAAAACAGGAGUUGGUUAAAAGACCAGAAUCUGAGGGCCAUGAAACUGUUGCAGUUGAAAUUGCAGAGCCAGAACUGGCACCUGGACAUGUUGAGAUUGAAGAGGAGGAAAAGGAAGAAAGGUCUAAGGCAGCGGCUGGCUCUCGGGUAUCAUUUUCAGUAUCACCUACCCUGUCUCGGGCCCAGUCGCCGGCGCUGGUCGCAACGGCGCCUCUUGCAGUUCCUCGAGUGCACAUGGUGGAUCACGAGCAGCAGACGGAUGAGCUGAUGGAAGAUGAGGUUUCUAUUGAGCAGAUGAAGGCGGAGGCUGUUGCACAAGAGCGACUAGUUGCGCAGACGGAGAUGCAGGAACGGUUGGCUGCACAACGGGCCGAGUUUGAUGCAGCACUUGCUGCUGCGCAGGCGGCCACUGAGGAGGCGAGACGGUCACAGGCUGCAGAGCUGGCCGCCCAGCAAGAAAAACUGGCAGCACAACAGGACUCUCUGAGAGCAGAAAAGGAGGCGGAACUUGCGCGGGAGCUGGAUGAAGCACGUCGGACACAUGCGGCAGAGGUUGCGAGUGUGCGACUGCGACAAACACUGGAGGCUGGGGUUGUGGAUGCACAGAGACGGUACAAUGAGUGGGUUUACGAAACAGAGCUCAACAAGGUACAAAGUCUCUUGUCCUUUAUGGAGCUUGAGCGACGGUUUGGCAUUUGCCAUUAG